AUGGCUACCGUCCGGUGUAUUCGAACAGAAAUAAAUGUUCUUAAAACUGCCAAGAAACAUCCUUUCUUGAUUGGACUUUAUGCAUUUUAUCAAACUCUGCGCAAGUAUUGGAUCAUUCAUCGUGACAUCAAACCGGAAAGUAUACUUUUAGACCGGAAAAGCCAUGUGAAACUAGGCAACUUUGCAUAUUGCAAGGAGGGCAUUGCAAAAGGCGACAAAGUUAAUGGCUUCUAUGGGACAAUCCCUUACAUGGCGCCCGAGAUUAUGCGUAAUGAAUACUAUGAUUUUAGCGUAGAUUGGUACUCGUUCGGAGUUGUUCUCUACGAAUUACUAAUUGGCCCUGUCUAUUUACUAGGGUCUGAUGAAGCUACCUCUCGCUACUACCAAACAAUACUUUUAGGUCCAUGGAGUGUAUCAGUCGAAGCCACCUCUAUAUUGAAUGGAUUCCUCAAUAUGAAUCCUGAGGAAAGACUAGGAGGAAAGACUAGGAGGAAAUCUAGAAAAUGGUUUUAA